CACUUAUGCAUAAUCAUGGUAUUUUUUAUAAGUUAUAUUUCAUCAAUGCCUAUUAUGAGUUAUUCUAAUAUAUAUUUGACCAGUACACAUCUAACACCAAGAUUUUUAGGGCUUCCUUCGUUUGGAUUUGUAUUCUAUAUCAUUGAUUACAUAAGGGAACUUCUUAGGUAUUUAAGAGGUAGUAGUAAACAUGACGAAAAUAUUAAACCUUUUAAUACAACGAAAAUUGAUGUUCUUACUCCUAUUACUGAUCGAAAACCUCUUGAUUUUUUUAAACCUGUGAAUAGUACACUUUCUCCAUUAUCUAUUAAAGAUGAAGAUCUUAAAAAACCUAUUCAGACAAAUAAAUUUUAUUCUAAUCUUUAUCUGGGCAAUCAACGUUUUCCCUCAUUUUUAGAUCCCUAUGUUCUUACAUGGACUUAUGGAGACUAUAGCGGAAUAGCUGUUGCUCAUUCAGAUGAUAAUCAGAAGGUAUUUGAAGGAGGCAACCCUCCUAAAUAUUUCUUUAACCCUCUUGGUGUUUAUUCAGCAGUUUUUAGUGCUGAAGAAUUAAAAAAUGCAAAUUUUACAUUAACUUCUCUUGAUCAGAUGUCUGUUAAUGUAAUUAUAAAACCCAACAAUUCUAAAGGAGGAAAUUUAGAAAUGCCUUUAGUUAGAGGAAUGGCUUAUGUAACCGGAAUUUAUACGGGUUUGACACCUGUUUUUACAUCAGUCGUUGGAUUUCGAUCUAUUGAAAAAGAGAAAAAAGAUGAUUAUUAUAAGUUUAAAGCAACUUUGCAUGAUGAAAAAAAAUGGCUUUUAUAUGUUUUUCCGAAAGAAAUGUCUGAAUUUGAUUUUAUAAUAAACGGAACGACGUUAAAGGCAACUAAAGGAACAUUCAAUGGAUAUAUACAGGUUUCAAAAAUACCAGUCGAUAAUGACGGGGCAGAAGGGAUUAUUGAUGCUUCUGCUGGUACAUAUGCAACAAAGAUUAUAUUGUCGGCAUCAGUUUCAGGCAAUAUGGGCAAUUAUUCUUUUACGUUUCAAACGAAUGAUUACAAAAACAGAUCAUUACUUCAUUUUGCUAUGCCUCAUCACAUUGCUUCAUUUGAUAACGAUACGACUUCUAGAAAAACUAAUUUCUCUCUUCCAAGUCCAACUAAUGGAUUAAUGACUGCUUAUACCGGGAAGUUUUGGAAUAUGGUGGAAAAUGAUUUACCUACAAAUAUUAGCUUUUCUCCAUAUUCGCCAUCAGGCAAAGAACCUUCAUAUUCAGAGGAAGCUAAAGAAGCGAUUAAGAAGGCUGCACAAGAAGAAGUUGCUCAAAACUUUUGCUCGCAAUUGGACCCGAACAGUUAUUAUUUUUCUGGAAAGGCACUUUCAAAAUUCGCAUUAUUAUGUUAUUCUAUUAAAACUGUUCUUAAUAAUGAUACCCUUUUUAAAGAAUGCUCAAAAAAGCUUAAAGAUUGUCUUGCGCCAUUUGUAAAAAAUAAUUACACAUAUAAAUUGGUUUAUGAUCAAACAUGGCGUGGAAUUGUUACAGAACGAGGAUUUAUAAAAGAACCUUUUUCGGAUUUUGGUGCGACUUUUUAUAAUGAUCAUCAUUUUCAUUAUGGAUAUCUUAUAUUCGCAGCAGCAAUUAUGGGAUAUCUUGAUAGCGAAUGGAUCAAAGAAAAUAAAGAUUGGUGUAUUGAUUUAAUGCGAGAUGUUGCAAAUCCAGUCGAUGAUGCUUAUUUUCCGGCUUUCCGUUAUUUUGAUUGGUUUACAGGCCACUCUUGGUCUAAAGGACUAUAUGAGUCAGGAGAUGGCAAAGAUGAAGAAUCAUCGUCAGAAGAUUAUAAUUUUUACUUUGCGGCUAAACUACUUGGUCAUUCAAUUAAUGAUACCGUUAUGAUAUCUAGAUCAAGUUUAAUGUUAGCUAUUUUGAAGCGAUCAUUACUUAGUUACUUCCUAUACGAACCCACGAAUACUAUAAUGCCUAAGUCAUUUAUUCCUAAUUAUGUUGCUGGAAUCAAAUUUAUGAAUAAAAUAGAUCAUUCUACAUAUUUUUCUCCAAGAUUAGAAUGCAUUCAAGGAAUACAUAUGCUUCCAUUAACAUCCAUAAGUCCUUAUAUUCGAAUACCAUCAUUUGUUAAAAGUGAAUGGGAAAAUAAAUUACAAUCAAUAGUUGGAGGUAUUCCAGAUGGAUGGAAAGGUAUUCUUUAUGCAAAUCUCGCUAUUUCUGACCCGAAAACAUCAUUUAAUUUCUUUUCAAAGAAUUUUGAUAAAAAGUUUCUUGAUAUGGGCUCUUCUUUGACAUGGUAUCUUGUAUUUUCAUCUGCUUUUCUAAAUUCGGCAUAAUUCAUUUUCAUUGUUUAUAAUCUAAAAAUUAUAACAACUAUGUAU